GGCGCGGGCUCUUUGUCUCUCGUCUCUCUACCACCAUGGUCGUCAACGAGCCUCGAGCUUCAGGAUGGCCUUUGGGAGACGAUUAUGAAGCGAAACUCUCAUUUUCCUUGGUGGCGCCCGUGGAUUUACAAGUUCGGAAUCUUUCUAUAGAGGUUGAUUGCACCCAGCAAUGGAAAGCGCGCAUCCUUAACUUCGGGAAAAAUUCUUCCGAUCUGGAGGCUCGCCAGAUCAAAGGCCUUCUUACCAAUAUCAACGCUGAUUUUCCUCGCGGCACUCUGACAGGCAUUCUCGGUAGCAGCGGCAGUGGAAAGACAACACUACUUAACGUUCUGUCUGAACGCAUGCGCGGCAGUAACCUCUCCGUCCAGGGCGAGCGCCUCCACAAUAAUUCGACAUCCCUAUCUAGUAUUUCACAUGCAUAUGUUACUCAGACAGACUCCCUUCUUCCUACCCUCACAGUUCGCGAAACUCUCACAUACGCUGCAAGCCUACGUCUCCCCGCUACUACGAGCCGCGCACAACGCGCCCAACUAGUCGACGACGUGAUUCUCGAACUCGGACUAAAGGACUGCUCAAACACAUAUGUCGGGGACGGUGUACGCCGCAAGGGGUGUUCUGGUGGAGAACUGAGACGUGUCAGUCUUGGUAUCCAGUUGCUGGGAAAUCCCUCUGUGCUGUUUCUUGAUGAGCCGACGACGGGCCUCGACGCGACAAGCGCUUUUCACCUUGUGAAGACGCUGAAGAGUCUGGCGCAGAAGGGCAGGACGGUGAUCAUGACCCUGCACCAACCUCGCUCUGAGGCGUUUCUUAUGCUUGACAGGGUUAUGCUGCUUUCUCAAGGACGCACUCUCUAUGCUGGUGCCUCUUCAGCAGCGAUCACUUGGUUCGAGGGACUUGUCCAUCCAUUAGAACUUCACGUCAAUCCUGCGGACUAUCUAAUCGAUGUCGCUGCCGUUGAUGUUCGCACGGUUGCGGCUGAGGAAGCGUCUCGAAGUCGUGUCAGCAGGCUCAUCGCAGCGUGGAAGUCAGAGUCUGCUAUCCGAUUCCCGCCGAUCAAACAGGAAUUGACGGUCAGCAACAUCGAUAAACGAGAUGUACACACGGCACCUGUUGGCCGUGUGAUACUCACUCUAAUCUCUCGGAAACUGAAGACAAGUAUCCGCGAUCCAUUGGGCAUGGCCGCAGUUUGGAUAGAGGCUGUCCUUAUGGGACUAUUCGUCGGGAUAGCGUUCUACCACAUUCCUGACUCGAUAUCAGGUAUAAGGACGCGCGAAGCCGUCUUGUAUACAUCAGUGGGUCUGCAAGAGUACCUGAUCAUGAUGUACGAGGUAUAUCGCCUGACCAUGAUAGACCUUCCUAUCUUUGAUAGAGAACACGGCGAGAGUAUCGUCGGUGUAGUACCUUGGGUUAUAAGCUAUCGUUCUGCGCACGCCAUCCUGGAGGAUAUCAUUGUCCCUUUGAUCUUCUCCGCCAUAACUUACUACAUGGUUGGACUCGCAGCUUCCACUGAACGAUUCUUGUAUUACUUCGCAAUCGGCCUUCUCAAUCAUUACAUUGCAGUUACUUUUGCAGGGUUUGCUACCGCUAUGACGAGGGAUUUCGCCAAGGCUACGAUCAUCGCAAAUACUGCGUUCAUGUUGCACACAUACCCGUGCGGGUUCUUCAUACAAGCCGAUGCAAUACCGAUUUAUAUGCGGUGGACAAAAUGGAUUUCUCCAGUCUUCUACGCCUUCACCACAUUAGUUUACAACGAAUUCAAGGACCGCUUUUUCAACUGUCCUGACGGCGAUGCUAGGACUGACCCUAACUGCAUUGCCUACCGGGGCGAUUUCAUCGUCAAAUCUCUCGCUGUGCCUGACAUGACUUGGACUGUCGUUCCGAUAUGCGCAAUCCUCGCGGUUAUUGUCAUAUAUCUUUUCGGUCAAAUGCUCUUUCUCCAUCUCUUCAAAGUCAAUAUCACAAUGCUUGGAACCAAGAAAUGUGCGGAGGAUGAGUCCCGGCACGCAUCCAGUGCUCCCGUGUCCCUCACUCCAAAUAGCGUCGCUGGCAUUGAUGUCGACCUCACGGAUUACACUCUCAAAAUCCGCCCACGACGAGGAAGGGAUAAAAAAAUCCUUCAGGGAAUCACUUCUUGUUUUGAGGCAGGAAAAGUAAAUGUCAUUUUGGGUCCUUCUGGGAGUGGAAAAACUACUCUGCUCAAUCUCAUGGCACAGCGACUUCAGUCGACACUUCAGACAACCUACGUUGCCGGGGGAACGAUGACGCUAAAUGGCGUACCAGCUAAACCAGAGGUGAUGAGCACCCUGUGUUCGUAUGUAACACAGGAUGAUUCUGCUCUUCUACCAUAUCUCACCGUUCGCGAGACUUUGCAGUUUGCUGCUGCAUUGCGACUACCAAAAGCUAUGUCCAAGGAGGAGAAACGUCAUAGAGCGGAUGAGGUUAUGCUGAAGAUGGGCCUGAAGGAUUGUCGGCAUACUCUCAUCGGGAACGAGUUGUUGAAAGGUAUCUCUGGAGGCGAGAAACGACGAGUGAGCAUUGCCGUCCAGGUGCUCACAGAGCCUCAGGUUCUGAUGUUGGAUGAGCCGACAUCAGGGUUGGACGCAUUCACAGCAGCGUCUAUUCUUGACGUUCUAGCACAACUAGCGAAGGAAGGUCGAACGAUCAUAACGACGCUUCAUCAGAGCUCCUCCGAACUUUACAAGCGAUUCGGCAACGUGCUGCUGUUGGCGAAGGGUGGUCGGGUGGCAUACUCUGGUUCUGCGAGUGAGAUGCUUGACUAUAUGUCUUCGGUUGGGUUUGAGUGUCCUGCUAUGAUGAAUCCUGCGGAUUUCGCAUUGGACGUCGUAUCGGUUGAUACGCGGGAGGCUGAGCAAGAGGAACUUGGCCGGGCAAAGGUCAACGAGCUCGUGAAAGCUUUCAAAGAUCGCCAGGAGAUGAACGAUAGUGGAUCUCCACUGUAUGAUAAACAAAUCUGGCCCUCGUUGACACAUCUGAAGGGUUACGAGAGGAGGAUGUUGUCGAUCACCUCCGCGCUACCGAUCCUGCUUAAGCGUGGCGUUCUCGCAUUUCUCCGGCAAAAUUCCUUGUUAGUAAUGCGGGUCGGGAGUGUUCUUGGCAUUUCGAUCGGCAUCGGACUCUUUUUCUCUCCGCUGGGACAUGAUUACUCCAGCGUCCAAUCUCGUGUCGGUUGUAUCCAGGAAACACUGCCACUGUUUUUCAUUGGUAUACUUCAAAAUGUCGCGAUCUUCCCGAUAGAACGGGAUUUCUUCUACAGGGAAUACGACGAUAGGAUUUACUCUGUCGAAGUAUUUUUAACCUCGUACCUCCUCUUGGAGUUGCCUUUCGAGAUCAUCGCUUGUUUGAUCUAUUCACUCUUUGUGUCAAUUGCCACUGAUCUUCGUAGAUCCGUCGGCAUGUACUUCAUCACUGCCCUGAACGGACUCUCUAUCCUGAACUCUGGAGAAUCUCUCGGCAUAAUCCUUAAUACCUUUAUGACCCAGAACACUGGACUGGCUCUAAACGUUACUAAUGUACUAAUGUCUGUCGCUUUGUAUAUGGCUGGUCUUAUGAGCUUGGACAUGCCGGCCUUCCUGAAAUCCCUUAACAAGCUCUCCCCUCUUGGUUAUUCUGUUCGGAACAUGAUGCCUUACGCAUUUAGAGGCCAGACGUUUUCGUGCAGGGAUGAUCAAAGGCUUGCAGAUGGACCGUGCGCAAUCAGCACUGGCGAACAAGUUCUCGAAAUCUUUAACCUGGAGGACGUCAACGCCCCUUUGAACCUCUGCGCGAUCGUGAUUACUACCGUUGUAUAUCGCCUCCUUGCUUACGCAGUAUUGAAGCUAGUGAAAACUAGAUUCAAGAUUGAGCGCCGACAGUGAUCAGUUUGCCUACCGUUUUUGUCACGAACUUUAUGUUGGGAUCUUAUGCACGCAUCAUCUGUAUUUUUUUAGCAAGCCAUGAAUAGUAGAAAUUGUCACAACUUCUGUCAACAUACAUGUCCC